AUGCAGCAAAGAAACUGUCAGCGUCUUCAACCCCUAUCAAACAACCCCGAGGGUGCCCCUGGUUCAUCGCUGCAGGCUAUAAAAGCGCAGCAGAGGGCUCGCGAAGAAUCCGAGAAGAUUCGGUUGAAGCGCGUGAAGGGUGCCAUAGUGCUCGUGCUACAGUUUCUGCUGGAUCAGGGUUACACAGGCGCCUUGCAGACCUUGCAGCAGGAGAGUCAUGUGUCGUUGCAACAAUUCUGUCCUGCAGACAAUAUAGACCUUUUCACCAUUAUCACGGAGUAUGAGCAAUACUUUGAGUUUCGCUUUAAUCGUCGACCGAAGUUAUUUCGGGUUAUAGAAGGCGCACACGACUUCUUGACGGAGGCCUAUAAGGGGGAGUGCAUGGCGGUGCGGCGGCAGCAGCGAAGCGCCUCCUCGGGUACACCCCAAAGGCGAACGGCAGCAAGUGUGAACCCUGACAGGGUAAACUACGCCAAUGUCGCACAGUUAGGGAACGCGCCGCCGAGUGGGGUGCAGGAGAUGCAACGUCCCACGGGAAAAGCACCUGCAAUUGCGCGAGGCUUGGCGCUCGCUCCAAAGCCGUGCACGCCGCCUUCGCCGCAGCGUAUCCGGGGAAGCAACCAAAAGAAAUCGGUAGGGAACGCAAAUAAACCCAUAGCCGUGGAGGGCACACGCGUAGAUGUUGUGCCAGAUCCGCAGGACAAGAAUCGCCUGAGUGACGCUGAUGAAGAUAUGUUUUUUGGUCGUGCGUUGAAACCACUUCCCACUUUUUUUUACUGCGGAGCAACAUGA